AUGGAGGGCGACACGCCAGACCCGCCCGCUCGCUCGCCGUCGCCAGCGGGAUUCAUCAACCUCGCACAACACACCCGCUCUCUCGCCAUCGCCCUCGCCCUCGUGAAGCCAGCCGAACAGUCCCAGAACACCGUAUUCGAAUCAGUCUUGCGGCCUGAUGCACCAGCGACCGCAACUGAGUGGACGCCGCUCAUCCCCGCCGCCGACUUGAGCUUGCUCUUGGGCGUCACUGCGACCGUCACCUCGCCAGACGACUCGCUGAGCGUCCCAGGGUACGUCGCACCGGCCGCAGCGACCGCGGAGACUCGAACGCAACUCCUCGACAUCCUCGCGCGACUCGCGCUCAACCCCGCCCUCACCGUCGAGGUCCUCACCCACUUCCGCCCGGUUGCCGCCGCCAUUGUUGGCAGGUGGUUCGAGCUACUCGGGCUCGAUGACGAGGGCAAGUGGAGAAGCGGCGAAGCCGGCGUCGAAAUGGCGCAGGGAGAGAUGGAUGCCGUUGACAAGGUCUGGAAAGCGCUUGUCAGGGCGUUCCCGCUACUGGGCCAGGAGGCAUUUCCGUUCCUGCGGCUCCUUUUCCGCCACCCUCUUCUCGUUCGCGGACCGCCUCUUCCCCCUCCUUCGUUGCCCAACUACGACUCGGCGCUUGUCUCGUCGCUUCUGACGCUGCACUCGCUCAUUCACCACCUCCCUUCACUCCCCGCUUUUUCGGGAUGGUCUCUCCCAAUCCAUGUCGAGCACCUCAUGAAGCACCACCCUCACCGCGGCAUUCGCCUCAUCGCCUGGCGCAUCGUCCGUGCCUGGCUCGGCCUCUUCGCCACGACCGGCGAGCGCCUCAAGCGCCAAUGGGUCUGGCGCCUCGAGGGCGCCGACAUCCUCGACGAAGACAAGGCGGCUCUCUUGCCCCUCGCCCCGCCAGUCCCAUACCCCGCGGAAGUCUCGACCGAGUACACCGAGAUCUUUGGACCGGAUCAGGCGUCGCAGGACGAUGCGGACGACCUGUUGCCGUUUGGAUGGGGAGAGGAAGUUGUCGAGCCGGGUCAGAGCAGGCUCGUUGAGGGAGGUCUGGAGAUUCUUGUCAGAAAGAGGGGCGUCGACCCUUGGGUUCUGCCGCUCCUGGAGGACACGCGGGCGAGGGAGGAGCAGCACCGUGCGGAACUGGUGGCAGAGGGGAAUGCCUCGUCCGUCUCGCAAGGACAGGGCAUCGGUACGAUUGAGGGCGCAGAGCUCGGCAAGACGGUCGUCCUCGUCUCCGGAACGAGCGUUUUCCGCGAAGGCCUCGUGCCCUCGAUUACCCGCGCACCUGCCCCGCCUUCCACUACCCUCUCGCUCACCCACGCCGCCGCACCGGCUGCUUCGCCACCGACGACCGCGCCUGAGCCGUUCGUCACGACUUCAGCUCAUUCGGCUCUCCUCGCACACCUCGCCGACAGCCUCAAGCGCCGAGUCCCGACACUCAUCACCGGCACUCCGAGCUGCGGCAAGCAGAGUGCCAUCUCGCACCUGUGGAACCUCGUGCACGCUUCGCCUUCCGCGUCAAAGGCGGUAACGGCGGAAGCAAAGCGGCGAGGACUGGUCGUCAUCAACAUGGCGGACCGGUCGCUCGACAGCAAGUCGCUCCUCGGCUCGCUCUCGUCGGCGCCAUCGUCUUCGUCCGGCAGCAACUCGUCCGGCGCAGGGCAAUUCACCUUCGUCGAGGGCCCGCUCACCCGCGCAGUCCGGCAAGGCCGCUGGACGCUCCUCCUCAACAUCGACCAAGCGGCGCCCGAGUUGCUCAGCGUCGUCAAGGUCGUGGCGGAGCGGAUGUCGACCUCGGCCUCGGUCCUCAAGUCGGACGGCCGAGUGUACGGCGGCAUUGGCGCAGAGGAGCAAGACGGAGGAGUCGGCUUGCGAGUUGGCGGAGGAGAGGGUCGGUGGGUCAAGGCUGGCGAAGGGUUCAUGCUGUUUGCGACUCGCUCGGUCCCGGCAUCCUCGCUCGUCUCAAAGCCUCCACCCGCGACCUUCUUCGCCUCGCACUUCUUCGAGGAGGCUGUCCUCUCGCCCCUCAACAGCGACGAGGUCGCCCAGAUCGUCCAGGGUCGGUACGGCGCCUCGCUCGACCGUGUCGACGGUCUCGCUCGUCUCCUCGUUGACGCGUGGGAACGUGUCCGCGAUGCCGCUCGGGAUGUCAAGGACUCGUCGGGUGGCGGUACGAAGCGCGAGAUUGGCGUCCGCGACCUGCUGAGGUGGUGCCGGCGUGUUGCGGCGCUCUUGCCUGCUGGCAUGAACCUCGCCGCCCUCGAGGCCAACCCGACGCUCCAGGAAGAGGUGUUUGUCGAAGCGAGGGACGUCUUCCUCGGAUCUCUCGUCGCACCGCCUGCAUCGACAAACACGGUGACCGACCCGUCAACCUCGACUGCGCACCUUCCGCGCGACCGCUUUUCCGUGAUCGCUCGCUCGCUCGCCUCCUCCCUCGGCUUGAGCGCCGAGCGCGCAGAUUGGGCGCUCAGGCGACGAGUACCCGAUGCCGUCCUCCCCACGAUCGACACUUCGUCCGGCCUCGACCCGUCGAGCUCUUCAUCCGCUCACUCGGUCAAGAUCGGUCGAGUCGCCCUCCCCUACGCCGCAGGUGCCGCUUCGAAGCGCACCGCCUCAUCCCGCCCUUACGCCCUCACGAAGCCUUCUCUCCUUCUCCUCGAGAAACUCGCCGUCUGUCUCUCUCUCUCCGAGCCAGUCCUCCUCGUCGGCGAGACAGGAACGGGGAAGACGGCUGCGAUCGGCUACCUUGCCGAGUUGAUGGGCAAGCGGUUGACGGCGCUCAACCUGAGUAACCAGACCGAGGCAGGCGACUUGGUCGGCGGAUUCAGGCCUAUCGACGAAGCGGAAGAGGCAAGACGUACCGCCUCCGAACUCGUGAACCGGUUCGUCGAGCUCUUCGGUGCGACGUUCUCGCUCUCGCGCAAUGGCGAGUACAUCGCCGCCGUUCGCAAGGCAUUCGACAAGAAGCGCUACAACCGCCUCGUCGACUCGUUUCGUCAGGCGAAUCGCAUGGCCGCCAAGCGCUUCGGUGCCGACGAGGCCGCUUCAACUGGCGCCGAGGAUGAGUCCGCUCAGGCGCAGCGCAAGAGGCGGAAAGUCGACGGCGCGAAGGCGCAGCUCGUCGAGCGGUGGAAGGACUUCAUGUCUUCCGUUGGCGACUUUGAGCACAGCCACGUCCUCUCGACCGGCGGCAAGGGCAAGGCCAAGUUCGUCUUCUCAUUCGUCGAGGGGCCCCUCGCGCAGGCGAUCCGGAACGGCGACUGGGUCCUGCUAGACGAGGUCAACCUCGCCUCGUCCGAAACGCUCGAAUCGCUUUCGACGCUUCUCCAGGCGCCAGAUUCGUCCCUCGUUCUUACCGAGAAGGGCGAGCUGGAGCCGAUCCCUCGACACCCCGAGUUCCGCCUGUUUGCCUGCAUGAACCCCGCCACCGAUGUCGGCAAGCGCGACCUGCCCGUCGGCCUGCGCGCCAAGUUCUCCGAGCUGUGGGUUCCGCCUCCCGAUGAGGAUCGCGACGCCCUCCGCACCAUCGUCGAGGGCUACAUCGGUCGAGUCGCGGUCUCGGAUCGCCAAGUCGUGGCCGACGUAGCCGAGCUCUACUCAGCCGUCAAGUCGCUCGCCAUGCGCGCUCAGCUCGCCGACGGCCAGAACAUGCCGCCGCACUUCUCGAUGCGGACGCUCGCCCGCGCCCUCAGCUUCGCUGCCGACUUCGCCCCGACGUUUGGCCUGCGACGAGCGUUGUACGAAGGCUUCGUCAUGGCAUUCACGAUGCUCCUCGACGAGCGCUCGCAGUCGGUCGUCCGCGCUCUCAUCGACAAGCACGUCGUCCAGCCCGCCAAGAACCCUCGCUCGUUGAUGGAGCGUGUCCCAACCAAACCGGCCUCUUUCGACAGCGCGAUCCGCAUCCACCAUUACUGGCUCGAGCAAGGCCCGCACGAGCCGGAGGAGCCCGACGACUACAUCCUGACGCCGUCCGUCCAGGCCAAGAUCUGCGACCUCGCCCGCGCCGUCCUCACCCGCAAGGUCCCCGUCCUCAUCCAGGGUCCGACGUCGGCAGGCAAGACGUCUGUCGUCGAGUACCUCGCUCGGCGAACCGGCCACCGCUUCGUCCGCAUCAACAACCACGAGCACACGGACAUCCAGGAGUACGUCGGCACUUACGUCUCCGACCCGCACUCGGGCAAGCUCGUCUUUCAGGAAGGCGUUCUAGUCCGUGCUCUCCGUCGCGGCGACUGGAUUGUCCUCGACGAGCUCAACUUGGCGCCGACGGACGUCCUUGAGGCGCUCAACCGACUGCUCGACGAUAACCGCGAGCUCGUCAUCCCCGAGACGGGCGAGGUCGUCCGGCCUCAUCCGCACUUCAUGCUGUUCGCGACGCAGAACCCGCCCGGACUCUACGGCGGUCGCAAGGUGCUCUCCCGCGCUUUCCGCAACCGUUUCCUCGAGAUGCACUUUGGCGACGUGCCGAAGGACGAGCUCAAGACGAUUCUCGAACGACGGUGUCGCAUCGCCCCGUCGCACGCCGAGAAGACGGUCAAUGUCUUCCUCGAGCUCCAGCGUCGGCGACAAGCCGGACGCGUCUUCGAGCAGAAGCAGGCGUUUGCGACGUUGCGCGAUUUGUUCCGCUGGGGCGGUCGCGGUCCGGUCGAAACGAUCCAGCAGCUCGCCGAAGACGGCUACAUGCUUCUCGCCGAGCGUGCACGACGAGCCGACGACAAGCAGACUGUCAAGGAGGUGCUCGAGGAGGUCCUCAAGGUCAAGCUUGACGAGGCUACCUUGUACGACUUUGAGCGGCUGCCGAAACUCGGCUUGCCCGUCCCACCGCAGAACGCCGAGCUCGUCUGGACGUCGGCAAUGCGACGGCUCUACUUCCUCAUUGCUGCCAGCCUCCAGCGGCACGAGCCUGUCCUCCUCGUCGGCGAAACCGGUGCUGGCAAGACCUCGGUCUGCCAGGCUCUCGCACACGCCCUCAGUCGCCAACUCCACAUCGUCGGCUGCCACCAGAACACCGAGACCGCCGACCUGUUGGGUGGUCAGCGACCGCUGCGAAAUCGCGCCUCGCUCCAGGCGGCUCUGCAGAAGGAGGCGGUCGAGCUUCUCGCCGCCGCCGGUCGACCAGUCGCAGCCGACGGCGAGCUCGACUUUGAUGACGUCCUCGGCCAGCUUGAGCUGUACGCUGCCGACGCGAAGGACUCGCCCGCCAAAACGCUUGCCGAUCGCAUGCGUGCGACGACGGCACUGUUCGAGUGGCACGACGGCCCGCUCGUUCAGGCGAUGCGGGGCGGCGACCUCAUCCUGCUCGACGAGAUCUCGCUUGCCGACGACUCCGUCCUCGAACGCCUCAACUCGGUGCUCGAGCCUUCCCGCACGCUCGUCCUCGCCGAGAAAGGCGGACACGACCUCGAUGACAUCCGCAUCGUUGGCCAACCUGGCUUCGAGAUCCUCGCCACGAUGAACCCCGGCGGCGACUUUGGCAAGAAGGAACUGUCGCCUGCUCUGCGCAACCGAUUCACCGAGAUCUGGGUUCCCGCCGUCGACAACGCCGAUGACCUCCUCCACAUCAUCGGCAGUCGCUGGUCUCGCGAGCAGCGCCAAAAGCUCGACUCGUUCGGACCCAAGAUGCUCGACUUUGCAAGGUGGUUCGCCCAGCAGGUCGGCCAAGGCGAUGGACUCGGCAUCGGUCUUCGCGACAUUCUCGGAUGGGUCGACUUCCUCAAUGUCGCUGCGAAGCAGUCUAGCGAGCGCUCGUUGCCCAUGCCGGACGCUUUCUGCCAGGGAGCCCUCAUGACGGUCGUUGACGGUCUAGGCGCGUUGCCUGCGACCUCCGGCUUGUCUCGCGACGGUCUCGCCAGGCUCAAGGCGUCCUGUUGGCGCUACGUCGAGCAGCUCGUACCGGCGACCAUGGCGCCCGAGUCGCUACCCCUCGAUGUUGUCGAUGGCGACGGCGUCUUCUCGAUCGGUCCGUUCGGCGUCAAGAAAGGCGAGCUCCCGCCCGCCAAGGUCGACUACACGCUUCUCGCCCCGACGACCCGGCUCAACGCCAUGCGACUCCUCCGCGCGCUCCAGCUCACCAAGCCGGUCCUGCUCGAAGGAAGUCCUGGAGUCGGCAAGACGAGUCUCAUCACCGCGCUGGCCGCCGCAACCGGUCACCCGCUCGUCCGCAUCAACCUGUCAGACCAGACCGACUUGAUGGACCUGCUCGGCAGCGACCUUCCUGUCGAAGGCGGCAAGAGCGGCGAGUUCGCCUGGAAGGACGCGCCUUUCCUCGCGGCGAUGCAGAACGGCGCCUGGGUCCUGCUCGACGAGAUGAACCUCGCUUCGCAGUCCGUCCUGGAGGGUCUCAACUCGUGUCUCGACCACCGUGGCGCCGUCUACAUCCCCGAGCUCGACCGCACCUUCUCCCGCCAUCCCGACUUCCGCAUCUUCGCCGCACAGAACCCGCUCGGACAGGGAGGCGGCCGCAAAGGUCUGCCGAAGUCCUUCCUCGACCGCUUCAGCCUCGUCCACAUGGAGGAGCUCGACAGCACCGACCUCAAUGCCAUUGCGUCGGCGCUCUUCCCCGAAUUUGACGCAGCGGUCCUCAGCAAGAUGAUCGCGUUCAACUCGCAGAUUCACCGCGAGACGAUGGACGCUCGUCACUUCGGCAUGGAGGGCUCGCCGUGGGAGUUCAACCUGCGCGACGUCUUGCGGUGGCUCACGCUCGUCCGUUCCUCGACCGGCAUCGACAUCCACCGCUGCGACCCACUCGAGUAUGUCCGCCUGCUGUACCUGCAACGCUUCCGCAACUCGGCCGACCGCGAUCACGUCUCGCGGUUGUUCGCCGACGCGUUCGGUCUCGUCGUCGACCCCGUCGAGCAGCCGUGGCCCCUCGCCUCGAGCCAAGCUCUCCAAGUCGGGCACUCGCUUCUCGCUCGCGCGGACACGACCAUCGCCAUCGAGCGAGCUUCAGCAACGCUACCGACUCGCCGGCAGGAUCUCCAGCCGAUCGAAGCGCUCGCCAAGUGUCUCGACAUGGGCUGGUUGGCGAUCCUUACCGGUCCUCGCGGAACGGGCAAGACGGCCCUCGUUCGCCAAGUUGCCGCUCUCGGCGGUCGCCGCCUUCGCGAGUUCACGAUGAACGCAGAGGUCGACACGCUCGAGCUCCUCGGCAGUUUCGAGCAGGCCGACCGACUCCGCGACCUCGACUUCGUCGCGCGGGACGCAAUCGACGUCCUCAAGACGGCAGCUACCGCUCAAUUGGCGACGGGCGACUCCACCAACGUCUACGACGCCCUCGCCCUCCUUCGCCAAGCUCGCCUGACGCUCGCCACCGAAGCUGCCGAUCUCGACGUCACGGCAAUCGGAAUCGACAUGCGCCGUCGUCUCGCAGGCUCGGUCUUCGACGGUACCGACAUCCUCGCUCGUCUCGACGCGGCACUCGCAACAGCCGACGCAGCAGUCGCGGCUGCACGGUUCGAAUGGAUUGACGGCCCGCUCGUGCAGGCCAUGAAGAACGGUGACUGGCUCCUGAUCGAAGAUGCUAACCUCUGCAGCCCGUCCGUCCUCGACCGCCUCAACUCGCUCUUCGAGACCGGCGGCCGCCUGCAGCUUGCCGAACGCGGCCCGGUCAAUGGCGAGAUCCAGAUCAUCGAGCCGCACCCCGACUUCCGUCUCGUCAUGACGCUCGACCCGCGCAACGGCGAGCUCUCCCGUGCGAUGCGCAACCGUGGUAUCGAGAUCGCCGUGCUGUCUCCGCCUGCUUCCGUAUCGACCAGCACGUCGCUGCCUGCGGGCGAAGCAUACUCGCCCUUCACGCGCGACAACUUCCGCGAGCCAGCGCUCUCGCCCAUCGCCCGCCUGGCGCGCGUUGGCAGUCUGUCCGCCCUCCCGACGCCGCAAACAGCCGUUCUCCAGCAGCUCGCUUCGACCGUCUCUUUCGCCCAGCUUUCGCUGUCGCAGCGCGUCCUUCGACAAGUCUCGCUCGUGAAUGCCCGCUCCGCCGACUUCUGCCUCCGGCAGCUCCAGCAGCAUGCGCUCGUACAACACGCCGUCGCGCACAAGGGCGCCCUGGCAAAGCAGCGGGAAGUGCCCUUCAAUCUCUUCGCCGUUCAGCCGAUCGAUGCAACCCUCGUCCCCCUCGCCGCCGCGUCAUCUAGCGAGUCUAUCGUUCGCGGCAUGUCUGCCCUUCUCGAAGCCUUCGCCUCCCUCGCUGCCGCGCCGUCGGUCUCCCCCUUCGCCUCCUCACGCGCCGCUUCGCAGCCCGUAAGGAGCCUCAACGUCUUCGACAAGUCGCUGCUCGCAAGCAGCGGCAAAGUCAAGCUCGACGAGGCGGACUCGACCAUUGCGGCCCUUUACCCCUUGUACCGGCAACUCGCGUCCCUCGUAUCGCGUCUUGUAGGCGCCGACCUCGAGGACUUGGCGCCCGAUGAGCGAGCCGUCUUCGUUGGCGCCGUCAAGGCGAUUCAAGCGCUCGCGCAGGAGCUCGAGAUCGUUUCGAGCACGCCAGAGCUCGACGUCUCGACAGUCCAGCACGUCGUCGCGUGGAUCGGCGAAGCGCUCGCGGAGCUGCCGUCUUCCGUCGCUUCGUCGACGCAGGACGUCAACGAGCAGCUCGCACCACUCCGACGCUCCCUGACUUUGUCAAGCGGGAAGGCCAUGGAUUCGAUCUGGCGCGCCGCACUGCCCUUCAAGCCGGCGAGCCAUGCUCUGGCUUCGGCCCUCGACAAGCUCGUCGCAAGGGGCAGGAACAUCGGCGAGAUUUGGGACAGGUCGAUCGCGAUGUUGUUCCUCGAGGUCUGCGUCGUCCUCGGCGUCCCGCAACCCGCCUCACAGGUUCCUCACGAAGAUGAAGCGCUUCGCAUCGUCGAGCAGCUCUUGUCACGCAUUCCGCUGGCGGUCCAGCAGGAACCGGAGGACCCGGUCGUCGCUCUCGCGCAAGCUUCCAACGCUGCCGGACUUGUCGCUGCCGAACUUGCAGCGGUCGCCGAGGUCGUGCAGUCGAGCUCAGCCGUCCUGCCGGCGGCCGCAUUAGUGAAGAUCGCUCAGCAAAGCGGCGCAGCGGCGCUGUCGGACGUUGUCGCUCUUCAUCAGCUUGCGCUGUGGCCCGCGGAUGAGCACAAGUCCAAGCCCGCCGCCCGCUUUGCGACGCUCUCAACAUGGUUGUCGCAUCUUGCGCGCGGCGUGUCCGAGACCUCGUCAACAUCGCCCGCGGACAUCGUCCGCCCGUCCUUGCUUGCUCGGGUCAUCGCUCUCCGCCUCGGCGAGACGCCCACCCUCGGCAACCUCGUCACGCAGUCCGCCUCUCUCGCUCGAGCUGCCAGUCUGCAGCUCGUCGCGGCGACGGCAGAGUCUACACCACGCCAGAAGAGUCUGCACGUUGCGUUGCUGGCCUUGAUCGCAUUGGUGAUCGACAGCGCUGACGACCAGGGAGAUCAUCUUCGCGACGGCGCCGAGCUUGUACAUCUCGCCGACCGCAUCACGAGGAGCGCAAGCGCACCCGCCCUCGAGGAGGCGAAGCAACGCUACUUCGCGGCAUCGCUACCGACCCUUCUCGGGCCUGAUGUCGACUUAGAGGUGACGGCGGCCGGCUUUGUCGCCUUCGCCCGCUUCCUCUGGCAUCUCUACGUCCCCAACCUGCCUCUCGAUCCCGCUGUCGGCCUGCGUGCUCAGUCCGGCUUCAUCGGCCGCCAGCUCCAAGCCAUGUCCAGCGUUCUCUCGAUCGUUCGCCUCGACGAGCUCGCGCAUUCCGGCAACGGGCGCAACUCGAAACUCGAUCGCGUCCAGGCGGAGGUCGACGAACUGCAACAGCGGUUGGAGCGAGCCGGCGUCGCCCCGGUUCAUCGUGAAGGCGACACGGCGCUCCUCUCGGCGCUCUUUACGGAGUUGCGCUCGUUCUCAGUGCAGAUCAUCAGCGACCACCAAAUCGACAGCCUCCUCGGCGACAUCACGAACGCAGCUUCCGCCUCAGCAGUCAAUCGCGAGGCGAAUCUGCAGCACUCAGUCGACACGUUGCUUCGCCGCCUCGACCAUGCUUAUGCCGAGCUCGAAGACGUCGUCGCCCCUGUUCGCCUCGCGCUGACAACGCUGAAGGUCGGAUUCGCACUGCUCGCUUACACCUCGAGCCGCAAAGCCGCCCCGCCUUCUCUGCGACCUUACGACGAGCUCCUCCACCACCUCACGGGUUUCCCGACCGUCUCGCGAAUCGGCGAGAUCAGCACUGCCGAGUUGCCGCUCAGCAUCAAGGCAGGCGAGGCGCCGUGGCACCCUGCGCAGGCGACCCUGCUACAGGUGGCGGCGACGGUUUCAAGCAUCGUCCAAGACGUCAGCGCGCAGGAAGACGGCAUCGUACGCCUCACACAGCUGUACGAGCGCCUGCAUUUCCUCUGGGCUACCGACCGACGUCGCGAGGAGGAGACGGCGGAAGCAGCCAACUCGCUCUACAAGGCCAAAGUCGACGUCCAGCAGGCGCAAACAGACGAGGAGAUCGAGGCGGCCGAGUUCGCCGAACUCUUCCCGACGUACGACGUCGAGGGCAGCGAUUCGCAUUCCAAGCCGAGCAAGCACGUCUCCCGCCUCGUCCAACCCGCCGACCACGUGCUGCUCGCCAAGCUUCACGCUGCCAUCUUCGCCGAACAGCUCGACGGGACACUUGCGACGGCGACUUCGGCAUUCGAACGCUUGCGUUCGUCCGGCGUCGACACCCUUCUUCCUCGGCUUUACGCAACUCUCGGCGACGACCUCGACGUCGACAGUACAGCAUAUCGAGUACGCAAUCUUGUCGCGCUCAGCCAAGCUGCCCGGCCUCGCGAAGCAGUCGAAGCGCCGCACCACGACUUCUACAGCGAGCCGGAUGUUCGCGAAACGACCAAGGCCGUCCCGGUUCUUCUCGCCUUCAUCGAGCGACUCGACACGCUCGUCGCGGAGUUCCCAGAACAGAUGGUGUUGCAGAGCCUCCGCGAGCGCUGCCAGGCGAUCCUAAAGCUCACGUCCGAGGCGCCCAUCGCCCUUCUCCUCACGAACCUCGAACAGCUCCUCCUGCAGACGGAGGACUGGGAGAAGUUCGCCGACCGCGCACACUCCAUCAGCGCUGACCGCACGGCCCUCACCGACCUCAUCGUCACCUGGCGGCGGCACGAACUCACCUGCUGGUCGCGACUCUUAUCGACCGUUGAAGCCAAGUUCAGCGAGUCGGUCGCCGAAUGGUGGUUCCGAUUCUACGAGACCGCUAUUCGCGGCGCACCUGGCGUCGAUGAUUCGGGGGAGCAGACGGAUGAGGCGUCUCAGGCGUACUAUCGCGAGCUCGUCCAGCUCCUCGACUCGUUCUUCAACUCGUGCUCGGUCGGUCAGUAUGGUGCUCGUCUCGAGCUGCUGCUCGGGUUCGCCAACUACGCCGCGUCGCUCGCUAGUCGGUCCGACGCCGAGACCGAACUUGGCAGCGGUGCAAAGUCUCUCGCCCGUGUCUCCGACUUGCUCUACAACGUCCACGCCUUCUACAGCCAAUACGCCGCCCGCAUCUCAGCUCACCUCGUGACGGAGCGAGCCAAGAUCGACAAGGAGGUCCAGAACGUCGUCAAGCUCGCGAGCUGGAAGGACAUCAACGUCGUCGCGCUGCGCGCUAGCGCUGUUCGCAGCCACCACCAACUGUACAAGUGUGUGCGUAAGUUGCGGACGGUGCUGCAGAAGCCGGCAAGCGACCUCUUCGAGGCCGCCGACGUCGAUAAGGUCACGAGCGCAUCAUCAGUCCCGCAUUCUAUUCGCACUGCCUCAUGUGUGUCGCUCACAACGCACGUCGACAGCACCUCAUCUCUCAUCCCGCUCGACAUCGCCGGUCUCGCCUCGGUCCCCGACCUUACCGGCGUUCUCGCUCAGCCAGACGAGCCCGCUCACCUCGCCAAGCUCGACCAGACCAUCUCUCGAUUGGCAAAGAUGUCGUCGACGAGUCUUGACCGUUUCGUUGGCGCGGCGCACGGUUCCGCCGUGUCCGCUCUCGUCAGCGAGAUCAUCGAGACGGCAAAGGCCCUGCGCGACGAACCUCUCGGACCCGAAGAAGGACGUCAGCAACGCGUCAAGAACCUCAUCGAGCGCAAGCGGCGCGCUUGGCGCGACCUUCUUAACGAGCUCAAGCGCAUCGGCAUCUCACCGUCGCCGUCACCGAAGACGCUUGCACGACUCGAAGACGCCGGCACGGUCUACAGCCUCCAGCCGUCGCAUCCUGUCCUCGCACUCGACGACGAGGCGCUCGGUGCCGACUCGCGCGCCGUUGUACUGAAGGCGGACGCGUACCAUGUUCGGCAACUUGCACAGCUGCCGCACCUCAAGGCUUUCCCGGCAUCGCAUCACGCCGACGUCCGCACUGCUGACGUUCAGCGGGCACUCGGUCAUAUCCAAAGCGGCAUUGCUGCUGCCCACGACCAACGCGCCCUUCUCCUCGAAGCCAUCCGAGCACAAGUUCGCCUCAAGGCCGUCUCAAGUAGCCUUGAGACCCCGCUCGUUCCGCAGCCGUCCUCUUCCGCCAGCCAGCUCAUACAUGAGUUGCUGGCCACGACGUCGAAGGCCGCGGCAGCCCUAUCCGAAGCACGAGACGCUCUUGGCGACUUCCGCACGGCUACCAUCGACUCGGCACACGAAACUUCGGCGCCGUCGAGCGCCAUCGAAGCGGCACUUGCCGACAUCAACCGCGACCGCGACGCUCUCCGACAUCUCGAGACCACCAUGGGAGGUUUCGACCCAAUCCUCCUCUCAUCUGGCGCGCUCAAGACGUGCAAGACAGCGCAGACGCACCUGGAGCAGACCGUGCAGGCGUUUGCGGCGAUGCCCCAGCCUCCGUCGCUUCGCUACAUCCUCAGCCCUCUCGUCGCCUACCUUUCCUCCCUCGAGGUCUCCGGCGUUGAGGCCGACAAGUCACCCGAAGCGAUCAAGGCGGCCGAGCUUCGAGCCCUCAAGGCCGCGCAUGACGACCUCAUCAACUCGGUCCUGAUCGUCGCCCAGAAGCUCAAGGCCGUUGCCGACGAGGACGUCAAGGUUGUCGAGGACGAGCAGUUGGCAGACGGCGGCGUCAAGGCGGCGAACAUCACGUACAAGACGCUGCUAUCGACGCUCCGGCUCGACGAGGUGACGGCGAGGAUCGAAGCUUUCGCUCGUCAAACUCACGACUGUCUCCACCAGGCUUCAGACCUUGAGCCGGUGCAGACCCUCGCGUCUCGCGUUGCGCCCUUCAUCCGCAUCUACGGCAACCUCGUCACCCGUCAAGUCGCCUCGCUCUCCGAGUGGCACUACGCAUCGCUCAAGCUCAAUCACGUCGUGUGUUCCAUUCUCAGCGACAUUGCGUCGGAAGGCUUCUGCCGACCGCCCGAAGGCGAUGGCCAGAGCGGCGCCGACGCCGACCAAGCCGAUGGCAAGACGACGGAGGGUACGGGACUUGCUGAGGGGACGGGCGAAAAGAACGUCUCGAACGAGAUCGAGGACGAGUCGCAGGUCGAGGGUUUGCAGAACGAUGUCCCGCAGGACAAGCGCGAGGACGAGCAGAAUCCGGAGGACGGCGAUGACGAUGCCGUCGAGAUGAAUCAGGACUUCGAGGGCGACCUCGAAGACCGUGGCGACGGCGCCAAAGAGUCCGGUGACGAGGAGGAUGAGGAUGAGGAGGACGAGGCGGAGCCGGAGGAACAGGUGGCCGAUGUCGACCCGCUCGACCCAUCGUCAGUUGACGAGAAGUUCUGGGGCGACGAGGAGCCGCCGUCCGAGAACAGGGACGGGAAGACGGACGAGGUCAAUCAGGAGACGAGCAAGUCGGCUGGAGAAGCCGAGAUGGGGGCGAAGGAGGAGGAGCAGGCGGCCGCGCCCAAGCCACAGGGCGAGGAAGCGGAAGAAGCAGGUGCGGAGGAGGAAAAGAAGGACGAAGCGAAGCAGCAGCAGGGCGAAGAGCAGCAGCCAGACGGUGCGGAAGGCGAAGAGCAGGACGGUAUGGAAGACGAUGCGCAAGGCGACGAAGGCGAGCAGGCGGACCAGGAGACCGGCGAGCGUCUCGACAACCAGAUGCCCGAAGCCGACAACCUCGACCUGCCAGACGACAUGAAUCUGGACGGCGAGGAGAAGGACCAGGACGCUGGAGACGGCGAGGACGACCUUGAUCUUCCCGACGAGAUGGACAACAUGGCCGAAGAAGGAGGCGAAGGCGAGAACGACGAGCGGCCGAACGAGCUGGAAGAGCUUGGCGACGCGAAGGACGAGGAUGCGGAGCAGGACGAAGACCCGCUCGCGGCCAACCCCGAGACACAACCGCAGCCUGACCAGGAAGACGACGCCAAGGUCGACGCCGAAGCCGUCGACCAGUCGCUCGGUGGCGCCGACCAAGGCGAGACCGGCGGCGAGGGUGAGCAGGACGCUUCUGCCACAAAGGAGGACGUACCGACUUCGGCGGACAACUCGCGACAGUCGGGUGCUCAGAGCCUUCCCCAAGCGUCGACGGAGCCCGCGGCCGACCAGGACGGCGGCGAUGAGGGCGAGACUGCCAUGGAGGACGAUGCAGAAGCCGCCCCUCCGACUGCUGCCUCCGCCACCGGCACCGGUCCUUCCAAGCAGCGCGCCGCAGCAGACCCCUCUGCAGACCCAUCGGCGCAGCCGCAAGGAUCGCAAGAUCCGUCGCCGCCCGAGCAGCAACGCAGCCUGGGCGAUUCCCUCCAGAACUGGCGUCGACGGCUCGAAGCCAUUGGCGACCUCGCUCAGCCCGAAGAGCAGGACUCUGCCGCUGCGCCUGACCCUCAGCAGGAAGGCGCCGUCGAGUACGUCCAGGAAGGAGAUGAGCAGGAGGCGGACGAGCAAGCUCUCGGUCCCGCCAGCGAAGAGCAGGUCAAGAAGCUCGAGCAGCUCCACAUCGGCGACGAAGUCGCUCCGCAAGACGCCUUCCCUGAAGACGACAUGGCGGUCGACGAGCCGGUCCAGCAACCGCAGCAGCAGUCGACGUCGGUUCAGCUCAAGGGCUCUUCGCUCGCCGAGUCGGACGCCAAGGCUGUUCCUGCUUCCGAGUUCCGUUCGGAGCAGCAGGCCGUCGAGGAGGACCGCGAGAUGGACGACGAGGUGAGGGCGGAAGACGGCGAACACCCAUCAACUACCUUCGCCCCGCCCAUCGCCCCGGAGCAAGACGCCGCCGUCGAGCAAGCCAUGAUCCAGUGGCGCUCCGGCGACGACGCGAACAUGACGGCGGAAGGCGUCUGGCGCCUGUACGAGUCGCUCACCCGCGAUCUGUCCUUCGCCUUGACCGAGCAACUCCGCCUCAUCCUCGAACCGACGCUGGCGACUCGCCUCAAGGGCGAUUAUCGGUCCGGCAAGCGGCUCAACAUGAAGAAGAUCAUCCCUUACAUCGCGUCAGAGUUCACCAAGGACAAGAUCUGGCUUCGCCGCAGUCGUCCCAGCCAGCGCGAGUACCAAGUGACGAUCGCCAUCGACGACUCCAAGUCGAUGGCCGACUCGCACUCAGUCCACCUCGCGUUCCAAUCGCUCGCUCUCAUCUCUCGCGCCCUCACCCGCCUCGAAGUCGGCCAAGUCUCGAUUUCCCGCUUUGGCGAGUCGAUGGAGGUCCUGCACCCAUUCGAGGCAGGCGUCGUCAGCGACGAAGCCGGCGCGAACGUCCUCGGCAAGUUUACGUUCCAGCAACGGUCGACGGACGUCGCACAACUCGUCGAGCGCUCGCUUGCGCACCUCGCUCAGGCGAAAGACUCGGCUCGCUCUGGCAAGUCGUCGCUCUCGGCUGGCGACCUCUGGCAGCUCAACAUCAUCAUAUCCGAUGGUAUCUGCCAAGACCACGAACGGCUCCGCUCCCUUCUUCGCAAGGCUACCGAGCAGAAGGUUCAGUUUGUCUUUGUCGUCCUCGACUCGCUCCACCGCCAAGUCGCCGAAGGAACCGCCGCCUCGUCCACUCCGUCGACUCCGUCCGCCGCCGACCCGAACCAGAACUCGAUUCUGCACAUGAAGUCGGUUCGGUACGAGGUCGGCGCGCACGGUCGCCUCGAGCUCAAGAUGGAGCGGUAUCUCGACACGUUCCCCUUCGAGUACUGGACGGUCGUCCGCGACAUUGACGGACUGCCCGACACGCUCUCUCAGCUGCUGCGCCAGUUCUUCGACUCGACGACGGAGCGGUAG